AUGAACCAGAUAUCACUUUCAAAUUUGGUUACCAAUCCCAAUUGGUUCAAAGACCAAACAAACUGGCAUGCCAAUGGUUUCUACUUAUUGGAUAAUUUAGAAAUUGCUAUCAAUUGUUUCACUUUCAUAACACCAAAUCAACUAUCAACUUGGUAUAUUUGGUCCAAAUAA